GGUCGCGGCAAAGAUGAGCUACGGAGACCGCUUCAGCUCGUCCUCCUACCAGCGGAUGUUCGGGGACUCUCCCCGGUACUCCUCCGGGAACCGGUUCUCCGCCGGCUCCUCCCGGAUGGGCGGCUCCGCGUCGCUGCGCUCCGGGGUCGGUUCCCGCAGCGCACCGCCCUCCGCCGGCCUGUUCCGGAGGACGGGCCGAGCCUCGCUGGCCCUCGGCCCGGUGCCGGCCAGCUCCCUGGACCUGGGCCAGACCUCGGUGGCCAACAGCGAGUUCAAGGUGAUCCGCACCAACGAGAAGGAGCAGCUGCAGGGCCUGAACGACCGCUUCGCCAUGUUCAUCGACAAGGUGCGUCACCUGGAGCAGCAGAACAAGGUUCUGGAGACGGAGCUGGUGACGCUGCGGCAGAAGCAGAGCGACCCGUCCAGAGUGACGCAGCUCUGGCAGCAGGAGAUGCGUGAGCUGCGGGCGCAGCUGGAGGACCUGAACCGGGACAAGCACCGGCUGCUCAUCGAGAGGAACAACCUGGAGGACGAGCUGCAGAAACUGAGUGUGAAGUACGAGGAGGAAUCGAGGGUCCGGGAUGAGGCAGAGCAGACGCUGCGGUCCUUCAGGAAGGACGUGGACGACGCGGCGGCCGUCCGCCUGGACCUGGAGCGCCGGGUGGAGGCGCUGAUGGACGAGAUCGGCUUCCUGAAGAAGAUGCACGAGGAGGAGAUGGACGAGCUGAGCGGCCUGAUGGAGUCGCAGCAGGUCUCCGUGGAGCUGGAGCUGGCCAAGCCCGACCUCACCUCGGCCCUCAAGGAGAUCCGCAGCCAGUACGAGUCCAUCGCCUCCAAGAACCUGCAGUCGGCCGAGGACUGGUACAAGAGCAAGUACGCCACCCUGAGCGAGCAGGCCACGCGCAGCAACGAGGCCAUGCGGGCCAGCCGCGAGGAGAUCAACGAGUUCCGGCGGCAGCUGCAGUCCAAGACGGUGGAGAUGGAGACGCUGAGAGGAGGUAACGAGUCGCUGGAGAGACAGAUGGCCGAGAUGGAGGACACGCACAACAGUGAGGUCACAGCCAUGCAGGACACCAUCGGUCACCUGGACACGGAGCUGAGGAACCUGAAGAGCGAGAUGGCUCAGCACCUGAGGGAGUACCAGGACCUGCUCAACGUCAAGAUGGCCCUCGACAUAGAGAUCGCCGCCUACAGGAAGCUGCUGGAGGGGGAGGAGACUCACUUCAACUCGGGGAUUUCGUUCGGCUCCUCCAACUACAGCUACCCGCCCAGAGCGUCCGGCGGCUCGUCCCGGAAGAAGGACAAGGACGGAGCCUCCAAGGAGAGUUUCAAGGACGUGGGCGAGGACAAGGACGAGGCCGACAUCAACUCCAACAACUGAAGACAGACGGGGAGACGGUGACAGGAAAUACACCGUAGAUGUUUAGUGAGUUCAGGGUAGAGUCGGGUUUUUCUCGGGCCGAUAGCAAAUGAUGCACAGAUCUGCUUAAAGGUAGGGUAAGGGAUUUCUGGACAACGUCACAUCUCUGGGUAUUUGAACACAGAACGCUAGCUCCAGCCUUGGCAUUUGUAGACGGUAGAAAGUACCGGGAUAGCCAGAUUUACAAAAAGGUGAGCGAAAAGUUGCGCGAAGCAGGAUUUGUACGAACGCCAGACCAGAUCAAGCUCCGCUGGAAGACGCUGAAAAAGGCGACUUCUACUGGGCUGUUGAUUAUCCGCCGUGCUGCUGUUAUUGUUGUUGUUUUAGAUUUGGACACAGGAAGAAGAAGCGGAAAUGAUGGGAAUUGCGUCAUGAUGUUCUCCGCGCGUCGCUGGUUUGAUCGACAUAUUCCAAAUGAUUCCAAUCACCAUGUAUACAGGGAUAACCCUGUUUUCUCACGCAUGGAAACGGAAUAUUCCAAAUGUUUCAGUAACCGGAAUAUUAGCAAUAACCCGAAUUUUGACUGCAUGUAACGUAGUCACUUACCCUACCUUUAACAUCGACACUUAUGUGUUAAAGCAGUUUAAAUGAUGCACCUGCUCGUCUAGAUGUUCUCAGGUGUCGGCUGAUGCCGUUUAAAUGACCAAUAGUUUACAGACUAAAGUUCAUGGUAACAUAAAAGCAUCAUCAGUGCAAAUGUUGGAAAGAUAUUUUAGACAUUUUACCUACAAGAUUAUCAGUAUUAACGUAGUUUUUGGACUCCAAACACACCAGAUUUCACUCGGAUAGCCGAUGCACUGAAUGUCAAACAGCUUUUCUCUUAGAUCUGUGAGAUUUCACUUAUAUUUUUGUAGCAGGUAAAAAAAAAAAGAAAAAAUACUUCUUUUUUUUCAGUUUUAUAGUAUCAAAGCAGGAAAUAGAUUAGUAUCGGCCUGCUAUGUGUAAAGAUCAAGGCGUUUAAGGCCCCUGGGAUUAAUGACCGUUCUGAAGAGCUAAUUGGUGUUGUCAUUUUAUGUUUUUAAGAGUUAAAAUCGUCGUCUGAUUUGAGUAAGAGAGCUUUUUUUUUCCCUUCUCCAUUGUCAGUCUUUCCCUUCGCCAGAAUACGCUUCAAGAAUCUGUAUUUUUAUGAAAACAUUAAAGUUGAAAUUGGAGGAUUUAACUGGACUUAAACUUAAUCUGAGUGUCUCUGACUUGUUGUGAACUGGUGCUAUAAAUAAAUAAAUCAUAUAAAUAAACUC